AUGCUAUGUCGGUUCUGCGGCCCAAUCCCUCCCCGAAGGAGAAUAUCCCUCUACCGGGCCCUCGCCCUUAGCUUUUAUACCGACAAGAACUACACCACACCAGAGCUCUUCAAGGGGAGGUACGCCUUCAUCAACGACUCUGAGUACCAGAUCGGGACCGCAGCGCCGCACAUACCCUGCUCUUACACGAUCCAGGCUUCUGUGCGACGUACAGGUAACAUCCUUUCUCCGACCUACCCGGGGACAUACCCCAAGGACCUGGUCUGCUCCUACCUCUUCCUGGGCAAACCUGGCCAGAGGGUACGCCUUGAGUUCAGGGACUUUGACCUCUUCUUUGGUGGCCCACACUGCCCUUUUGAUGUGGUCAAGGUGUACGAUGGAACGCAUAACGAAUCCGCACCUAUCGGCACCUACUGUGGCCAACAGAGAAAUCUCGUCCUGUACUCAUCAGAGGAGAACAUGUUUGUCAUGUUCGAAACUCUUCGAAGGACAGCCAACUCUCAGAAUAGGGGUUUCAAGGGUAUAUAUGAGUUCAGCGAGAGCUUCGUCAAGCUGGACUUCAUUUCAAAAAAUGAUGGUGAACACAUCAGGGGGAGUGAAUGUGAUCAGAAGAUCCUGAGCAAGAAAAAGUCGUCCGGCAGUGUGUACAGUCCCAACUAUCCGUUCCCAUAUAUACCAAAGAUUGUCUGCCGUUACUUUAUAUAUGGUAUGCAGGACUCACAGCACUUAGAGAGGGUCAGGAUAGAAUUUCAGAAGUUUGAUAUACCCAAAGCUCACAAAGAUGAUACUAGUUGCAGUGAUGGUUACCUUAAAAUCUACCUCAAAGGUCAGGAAGCAACAGAUUCAUAUGAGAAAUAUGACCAUGAACUAUGUGGAGAGGUGAGCUCGCCAAGCCAGAUGGUAUCAGAUGGCCCAAGACUUGUUAUGGUUUUCAGCAGUGGCGAGCUCCAGGGACGAGGCUUUAAGGCUAAUUACACCUUUGAAACUGAGUAUCGGAUUCCUGGUACAGCAGCUCCAGAUGGUUCUUGUACGUUUAAGUACAACAGUUCAAGUAGGAAGAGGGGAGAAUUCAACUCUCCCCGCUAUCCUGCAAAUUAUCCUUCAUCGACCAAUUGCACAUAUGAGUUUCAUGCAACUGCCAAUGAACAAGUUUCAAUUGUUUUUGAUAACUUUAAGGUUCGAGCUGACAAUGUAAACAGCUCCUUCGGCUCAUAUGGGCCUACCAUCUGCACAGAGGAUUGGUUAGAAAUUUAUAAUCUAUAUCGAGAUGGGACGGAGAAACUAAUAGGGCGAUAUUGUGCUAUGACUGCACCUGGACCGUUGGAUUCGAACCGUGGUGCAGUAGGUCUUAAGCUCUUGCUACAUACAAAUGCUGAAGGAGUAUAUUCAGGUUUCAAGGCAAGAUACUCCUUUGAAGUGGCCAAAUCUAUUUUUGGUGACUGUGGUAGUAAUGAGAGUAGUAUAGACUAUGGUGUAAUAGUAAGUCCAAACUUCCCUCAUAAAUACGAGGGACCAGCCAGAGGUGCAGCCAGCAGAACAUGUAACUGGUAUAUUAAUGUCCAGCCGGAUCACAGGGUACUCCUCAACUUUGAGUACUUCGCAGUUGAAGGGGAUCCUACAACUCGUGGGUGUCCAGCUGCGGUAGUAAGAUUGUGGUACACAGUCGAUGGCCCUCCUUUAGAGUUAUGUGGUGAAAAACAGAUGAAUAAAAAAUGGCAAUAUAUUUCUGAAGCUAACUAUGUCAGAAUCAGUUUUAUAUCUGCUGACAAAUCUGUGGGUGCGGAAGGAUUCAAAGCAGUCUGGACAGAAUUCGCUGAUGAUGCACAAUGUGAAAAUGGAUUCCGUUGUGCAACUUCAGGUUUCUGUAUUGCCAAGAGGCUACGCUGCAAUAGGGUAGCGAACUGUGGUGCUGAUGACCACUCGGAUGAACUAAACUGCAUUGUAGAAGUGGCAAUGGAAUGGUUCUGGCCAUCUGCUGUGGGCGGUGCUGCAGGUGGUGCUUUGGUAUUAGCUGGGAUUUGCCUUUGGUGUCGGCGCCUAAGACCACGACCAAGACCGAGGCCACUUCAUCGACCAAGGCCCCCACCACCAUCCUCCGCCCAUGUCUGUGAUGAGCUUGGCCAAAGAUUUGCCAGUGUUGACAGUGUAUAAUUCAGCCGCAGCGGCUUCUUCGUCCUUCACUCCUUGGCUAACUUCCCUGCCACAGUGGGUCCAGCUGAUUCCUCAGUUAGCAUCAGUACCACAUUGAUGUUUACAAGGAAAUUCAUCUCAACUACAGCUAGUUUACAAUACUGGCAGACUUGUCACUGCAUUGGAGGCUGGUCUUAAAAAGUAGGGGUGCUGUUAAUCAUCAACAAUACCAAUAAAUAUAGGGUUGUUUUUCCUCAAAUAGGUGAUACUGACUGAUAUAUACUAAAGAUGCCUUCUUUAUUUCAAAAAAAAAAUUUUGUGUUGUAAACAAAUUUGUAUCAUCUAUACACCAAAUAGAGGGAAGUGAAAUUUUGAUACUUUUUUAUUGAAUUAAACAACCAGUGGUUUUAAUUUUUAUUAACCAAGGUACGCCUUUAGUAAUUUCAAUAAUUAAAAAAACAUUCUGCCAUAUAGUUCAAAAAUAAAUAUACUACAUGGAUUUUAAUUUUAAUUCAAGAAGAUUGAAUUAGUUAUGAAUUUGUUUUAUUUUGUAAACUGGUGGAAUAAGAAACAACAGAGCACAUUAUACUUUACUAAUUUUAUUUUAUUUCUUAUUAUCAAAAUGAACAUACUUUUACUUAGAGGGUAAAUAAUUUAAAUAUGGAACUGCCAGAACAAAAUUUUUAACAAUGAUUACAAUCUAUUUUUCUUAAAUAAGAGAAAAUGAGGUAGAAUUAUAAAAUAAAAACUACUAUAAUCCUAAAUAUUUGACUGUUCCUAAGGGAAUGGAAGGAAUAAAAAAAUAAAUAAGUUAUUAAUCAUAAUCUUUUAUUAAUGCCUUAUUGAUCUUUAUGAAUUUAUCCUACUUGAUUUGUUUCCUUUAUAUAGAAGCCAACAACAAUCAAGACAGUAAGAUUAUAUACCAUUUGGUAUCUAAUUUAGUCUGGUAGAUCAAAAUUUUCAAAUAUGAAGUCUUCCAUGAAUGCCUUGACCUUAUUUGAAUAAUGAAAAAAAUAACAAGAAGUAUAAAUCUAAAAGGAUACAAGAACAAUGAAUGAAGUUCAUUUCAUUGUUCAAUAAGGUAACUGAACUUCAUUUUACGAAAAUCUAUGCAACUAUCCAUCAUAUCUUCAACAACAAAAACCUACUUUUACUUAUGCCCUCGGUACUAUUGUCUUCGGUUCUCAUCUCCAUUCUAAUCACUAUCUACCUGAUUUCAGUUUUUUUUUUUUUCAAUUUAAUAUAAUAUCCGCGCUUUCUAAAAAUAAACUAGAACGUACCUUUACAAAGCAUCCUGACCUUCUACCUUACACCAAAACAGUUACCUGCUUUAUUUGAAAGAGAUGCACUAAAGAAAAUUAACUAAUGCUUUAAUACUAAAAUUAGAAAGUAAUAAUUGAUUAGCAAACUUUGUCAAUAGUAUAGAAAUAGGGCUUCCUGAAUCAUUCUCUGAGAACCGAAUAUUAAUAUUAUAGAUAUUUUUCUUAUGAUUUAUCAAUUAGAUUUGCCACGGAAUGGAGUGUUUUUUGGUGUAGUAGGUCUGGCGUACCUUGUUCAUGAACACCUAUUAAUUUUUAUACUCUGGGGUAAAGAAAAUGGUAUAAUACAUAUAUAAAUAAAUAAAUAUAUAUAAUAUAUAUAAUUAUAAAUAUAUAAAUAGGAAUAUGAGUUAACUCAUUUUAUAUAAUUACCGUUGAUCGAAUUAUAAUUAGUAUGCACACUAGAGCGUAUGUAUAAAUAGGUGAGAGAGUUGGCCAUUUGAAAAUUUUGUAGAGACCCUCCAUUGGAAGGGACUCUCAACUUCAACGAAUUUGUCAGGUGAGGCUUUGUGAAUACGUGCUGUGCAGUUCUUGCUCAUAUAUACUGACAGUAAACUACUGUUUUUGUAUAUCCUUUCUUAAUAUAAAAUAAAAUAAUGGACAUUACCUGUACAUUUAAAAAAAUAAAAAAUUUGAAAAAAAAAAUGUGCGAACUUAUAUAAAAUAAUGGUAUAAGUCAUGAAAAAUAUGUUUAAGUAGAGACAUAAAUGGAAGUAUAUAAAGGCAGAUUUCUAAAAACCAAUGUUAUCUUAAAAUAAAGUCGAUUAAAAAAAAUCAAUCACGACAAGAGAUGAAAUGUUUCAUGAUUUUAUAACUACCUUGUACUUAAUAAAGAAUAAUUAUAUUUUAUAAGCAAACAAAACGCCGCUAAUUAAAAUUUUUAAAAAUAUAUCAAGAAACAUUUCAUUGGGGUUGUGUAAAAAUUAGAGCAUAUGUUCCUCCCAUGAUGUAUUUUUAAGUUUGUAUAUUUUGUUAUAAGUUGAAGCUGUUCUUUAAGCACAGAUGCAAAUAUGUAUAUAAAUUUAUUUUUUGUUCAUAUAUAAUAGAUAUAAGAAUUUGAACACAUUUUUAUAGAUAAUGGAAUUAGAAUGUGUAUUUGUUUUUAUAUCUGUCUGUGCACAAUAUUGCACAGAAUUUUCACUCCCAAAUAACAAGAAAAUAUCCAGUAUUAUGUAAUUUAAAUUAAAAUAUGUGCCAAUAUGUUUGAGGAAUUGGUGGGUUAUGAUCAUUGUCGUUUGGUUGGAGUAAAUUAUUAGAUCAAUUUUUCAGAUUUUAAUAAUUUAACCAAUCCAAAAGAAUAGUCUAAUUUAUCACUGGAAAAUGUUAUUAAAUAAGCUCUUAAUGCACAAAAAUGCAUAUUGUUUUUAAUUAGGUAUAUAUUGCAGGGAUAUAAUAAUAUAAUAUCAUACAGUGUAUAAUAUGCUAUCACAAUAUAUAUAGCUAACUUAAUUAGAAAUUAUACUUGAUAAUAAAUACUUGUUUGUUUAGAUGUUUCAAGGAAAUUUAAUUUAAUUUUAUACAAAUUCCGUAUUUGUUUUCAUAUGAAAAGAUCAUUUACCCACAUUAUAAUGUUCCUCUUUGCCAACACUUCCUUAUAAUAAAAGAAAAAAAUUGUGUAAAAAAAAAAUAAAAAAACAUUAAAUAUAUAUUAUAUAAAACACCACCCGAAAGUAACACUUACUUAAAAUAUCACUUAUCUUUCUUAUUCAGUAAUUU